AUGUCGCGAAUCCUGAUCACCAGCGCUCUUCCAUACAUCAACGGCAUCAAGCAUCUCGGCAACCUGGUCGGCUCGAUGUUGCCGGCCGAUAUCUACGGCCGCUUCGAGCGCCAGCGUGGUCGUGAGGUGCUACUGAUCUGCGCCACCGACGAGCACGGCACGCCGGCCGAGUUGGCCGCCGCCGAAGCCGGUCUCGAGGUCGAGGAGUUCUGCCGCCAGCAGCAUGAAGCACAAGCCGGAGUCGGUCGCCGAUUUGGUCUGUCAUGGGACUACUUCGGGCGCUCGUCUUCGCCCCAAAACGCCGAAUUGACCCGUCACUUCGCGGCUCGCUUGGAAGCCAACGACUUGAUCGAGGAGCGCCUCACUCAGCAGGUCUACUCGAUCGACGAUAGCCGAUUCCUGCCCGAUCGCUACAUCGUCGGCACCUGUCCGCAUUGCGGCUACGAAAUGGCCCGUGGCGACCAGUGCGAGAACUGCACCCGAGUGCUCGAUCCUACUGACCUGCUAGAACCACGCUCGGCGGUGUCGGGCUCCGAGAAUCUCGAAGUACGCGAAUCUCGGCACUUGUUCUUGCGCCAAUCGCAGAUGGUCGAUCGUUUGCGGCAGUGGAUCGACUCCCACGCUGACUGGCCACCGCUGGUCAGCUCGAUCGCUCGUAAAUGGCUCGACGAAGGGCUGCACGAUCGUUGCAUUACCCGUGACUUGUCGUGGGGGAUCUCAAUCGACCGCGAAGGCUUCGACGAGAAGGUGUUCUACGUUUGGUUCGACGCUCCGAUCGAGUACAUCGGCGCCACCCGCGAGUGGGCCGAAGACGAGGCGUCGAGCGGCCGCGACUGGCGCUCAUGGUGGUACGAAGCCGACGACGUGCGUUACGUCCAGUUCAUGGCCAAGGACAACGUACCCUUUCACACGGUGGGGUUCCCGGUCACGCUGAUGGGCUCGGCCGAACCUUGGAAAUUGGUCGACUACAUCAAAGGCUUCAAUUGGCUGACCUAUUACGGCGGCAAGUUCUCCACCAGCCAGAAGCGCGGGGUGUUCAUGGACCAGGCUCUCGAGCUGCUGCCGGCCGACUACUGGCGCUACUACCUGAUCGCUAAUGCGCCCGAGUCGGGGGAUAGCUCGUUCACCUGGGAAACCUUCCAGACCACCGUCAACAAAGACCUGGCGGAUGUCUUCGGCAACUUCGUCAAUCGCACCCUGAAGUUCUGCGCCGCCCGCUUCGGCACCGAGGUACCGGUUGGCGGCGAGCCCGGUGAGGCCGAACUGGCGCUGGAGAAGGCUCUGCAAGCCGGGAUCGACGCCUACACCGCAGAGCUCGAGACGAUGCAGUUCCGCAAGGCAAUGCGUGAGCUCCGCGCACUGUGGGCGCUCGGCAACGAUUACUUUCAGCGCUCCGAGCCUUGGGCGGUCAUCAAAGAAGACCCUGAACGCGCGGCGAUGAUCCUGCGCACCACUUUACAACUGGUGAGGCUCUUUGCCCGCCUGUCCUGGCCGAUUGUGCCGCACAGCGCCGAACUGCUGCUCGGUGCCCUGAGCCAAGCCCCCGAAGGCCCGCCGAGCUGGCCCACCAGCGCUGCCGAAGAGCUCCGAGCGUUGCCCCCCGGGCAUGCGUUCGAGGUGCCGGGGGUGUUGUUCCAGAAGCUUACCGAUGAGCAAGUGGUGGAGUGGAGCGAGCAGUUCGCGCCCCGCGGUCGUGGUGCCGACCACAACCCGCACAACCGCUUCGAUCGGAUCCAGGUCGACUUCGACGGGCCGACAGGCUCUCGGGCGACUGAGUACUUGACCGACAGCUCGCGCUCGAUCAUCGCCGGCAAUCAAAGCCCGGACGUUCCGUUCGAUGCCUCGAUCAAUCCGUACCGUGGCUGUGAGCACGGCUGUUCGUACUGCUAUGCGCGGCCGAGCCACGAGUUCUUGGGUUUUUCGGCCGGGUUGGACUUCGAGAGCAAGAUUUUGGUCAAGCAGGACGCCGCGGAGCUUUUGCGGCGCGAGCUGGCAGCGCCGAGUUGGCGACCGCAAGUGCUUGUCUGA